AUGAAAUAUAUAAAUAAUAAUAAAUUGUUUAUAUUUAUAUUUUUAUUAUUAUUUUUAAAUGAAAUAUAUUGUUUAAAUAAUAAUAGUAAUGAGGAAAUAAACAAUCCAAAUAUUAUGAAUAAACCAGAAAUAAAUCAAAACAACAAACCAUCAUUUAAUCAUUACAAAGUUAGUAGUAUUGGUAGUGAUAGUAGUAGUACCACACCUCAAAAUUAUUGCCAAAGUGUUUUCAUAUUAAAUGGAAAUGAAUAUGAUUUAUCAUCAAUACAAAGUACUAUUUUUAAAAGCAAAUAUAAUAAAACCUUUGAUUUUUAUAUAAAUUUAUGUUCAUACAAUACAACGUUUCCAUGUGGGCUCAAUGAUUCUGUAUGUAUGGUAAACAGGGAUACAGGAAAUGAAGCUUUACAUUUAGGAUACUCAAAAUCAUUAGAAUACGAAGAGAAUGGCCAAUUAGGUUUGGACUUUUCUUUUAUAGGAGAUGAAUGUGCUAUAGAUAAUAAUUGGUUUGGUGAUAAUAUUCAAUACUAUAAAACUAAUAUUAGCUUAAUUUGCGGUUCAGUUAAUAAUGAAAUCAUUUCUACAUUUAUUAAUCCAUGCCAUUUAUCUAUCAUCAUUAAAACCACAAGUAGUUGUUUGGUUAUUCCACCAUCUAUAACAUCAAUUAUAGGAUUGGUUUUUAUAUUUUUUUUAUUUUACUUUUGUAAAAAUAAAAUAAAAAAUAAUUGUGGAUGUUGUUUCUCAGAAAGAAAUGAUAAUGAAUAUGUACCAAUUAAUAACAAUAACAACAACAAUAACAAUAACAAUAACAACAACAACAACAACAACAACAACAACAACAACAGCAACAACAAUAAUAAUAAUCACAAUAAUUAUAAUCAUAAUUUAUAUAAUAUAAAUAAUAAUGAUUCUAAUGUUGCAAAUAAUGGUAGUAGUUCCAAUACAACAAAUAGCAAUAAACCUAAAUAUAACCAUCCAAUACUUCAAGGUCAAACACCAGAGUCAGAUUCUUGCACUAUUUGUUUAGAUGAAAAAAUCAAUACAAUAUUUUUAGAUUGUGGACAUUUGGCAGUUUGUUUACGUUGUGCUCGGGGUAUAAAUGAAUGUCCAAUUUGUAGAAAACCAAUAAAUAAACUUGUUCAACUUUACCAGGUCUAUAAUAUUAUUGGUAUAAAUCAAUUUUCUUUAAAUAAUAAUAUAAUAAUAAAUAACUAUUCCACAAAAUCAAAUAACUAUAAUAACAAUAAAAAUACUAUAAAAUCUAAUAAUGAUAAUGAUAAUAAUAGUUAUAAAAACAAUACAACAAAAAGAUCAAAGUUUAUGGGCGCAAAAAAAGAAAAGUUAUAUGGUGGAGCAAAGUCAUUAUCAUCAACUCACGGAUUUAGAACUUUAACUGAUGAAGAAAAAGAAGUUUUAAAAAGAAAACAAAAAAAGAGACAAGAGCUUAUAGAGAAAAGAAAUAUAAUAUUUGAAACAAAAGAUAAUAAUGUAGUAAUAGAAAAGUUUGAUGAUGGAACCAUUUCAAUAAAGAAUAAAUCAAAAUAUUAUGAUGGUAUAUUACCAAAUUUCAAAGGAAGGGGUGUAGCAUUUUCAAGAUUAGGUAUAUAUGGUUAUUUGGUUGAAACUUUAAAGAACUCAUUCGAUAUUACAAUUCCAUCACUUAUUCAACAAUUAGCAAUUCCUGAAAUUUUAAAAAAAAAUAAAGAUGUUUUAUAUGUAUCCCAAACAGGCACAGGCAAAACAUUAACCUAUUUAUUACCAAUCAUUCAAGAAAUUAAAAAAACUGAACAAGAGGAAUUAAAAGAAUUAAAAGAAGAAAAAGAAAAUAAUAUAGAAAAUAAAUUAAAAGAAGAAACAGUUGAAGAAAACGUUGAAGAAAAUAUUGAAGAAAAUAUUGUAGAAAAUGAAGAAAAUGAAGAUAACGAGGAUAAUGUAGAAAAUGAAGAAGAUGUAAAUAACAAUAAUAAUAAUGAAGAAGAAAAAGAAAAUAUCAAAUUAUUAUUAAAAAGAUUACCAAGAAGACCAAAAGCUAUUAUUAUUGUACCAACUAGAGAGUUAGCAUUACAGGUUAUGGGUGUUGCAAAAAAGAUAGCACAUAAAGCCAAAUUUAGUUGCACUGUUGUAUCAAGUGGUGGAGGUGAUUUAAAUAAAUACGUUAGAACUUUUAAAAAGAAACCAAUAGAUGUUUUAAUAUCAACACCAGGUAUGUUACAAAUGUUAAUAGAAAGAGAAAUGAUUUAUUUUUCAAAGCUUCAACAUAUCGUAAUCGAUGAGGCAGAUUCAAUGUUUACAAUUGGAAAAGGUUUUGAUCAAGAGAUUGAAAAUAUUAUUCAACCAUUUAAAUAUCGUUUACAACAUAAACAAGAGAAGGGUGUUUUACCAGUAAAUGCUGUUAUUUGCAGUGCAACAUUAACCGAUCAACUUAUGAGUACAAUUGACUCAAUAUUCCCAUCCAUCGAAAAAAUAGCAACACCAACCAUUCACAGAUCAUUAAAUACAUUAUCACAAAAAUUCAUAGAUGUAAAAGAAAAAGGGGGUGAUAAACAUAAUGCACUCUUAAAAGCAAUCAACGAAGCCAAAACUCCAACUCCUCCAAGAAAAACUUUAAUAUUUUGUAAUACUCCAAAUAGUGUUCGUUCAACUGAAUACUUUUUAACAGAAAAUAAAUUUAAAGCAACCUCACUCCACGGUGAAAUGCCACCACAUCGUAGAUCAAACAAUUGGAGAACUUUUACAAAUCAAGCAGAUUGUCAAUUUUUAGUCUCCACAGAUAUUGCUUCAAGAGGUAUCGAUAUCGAUUGUGUCGAUCAUGUAAUUCUUUUCGAUUUCCCAUCCAAUCCAAUUGAUUAUCUCCAUCGUAUUGGUAGAACCGCUAGAGCAGGUAAUGCUGGUUUGGUAACUUCAUUAAUCACUAAAAGAGACAGUAUUUUAGCAAACUCUAUUAAAGAAUCCAUUAGAAAAGGUUAUAGUUUAGAAAAAUUAUCUUCAAAUAAAAAAUUAAAUAAAUUAAAAUUUAAUUAUAGAGAAUAA